GUCGCUGUAAGCCAGCCAGUGGCCUCCCUUGGUACGCGAUAGGAAUGAGGCAUGAUGACUUUCACUAGCAGCGUCGACAAUGUGAAACAAUCAAAAUAAUUUCUUGUUCUCUAUAAUCUUCGUUCCUGUUAAUAAAGAAGGCUUGAAGAUGUCCUACGGCGAUUUUCGAACCUGUCUCGAAGACUGGGAAGACUUAGAAAAGGAGUUUACACAUUUGGAGGAAGACCAUAAGCAAUAUGUUAAAGCUUUAGAGCAGAUGAAUGUUGCCCAGAAAAAAUGUCUUGCUGGUAUUGCACAUCAACGCUACAGACUUCGACGUAUAACAGAAUCACUGAAAAAAUGCUCCAAAAGUCUGACUCCCGAGCAGCAGGCACAAGCAGAAGAACUGCAGCAAAAGAUGAAGGAUCGCAAAGAUGCCUUCCAUGAAAUGGAAGAAUGCCUUCCUCACAAAAAUGGUGUCUACUUGAGCAUAAUAUUGGGACAAGUCAGUGUAUCUCUGCUUGACAAGGCUGACAAAUACCGCUAUAAACAAGAGUAUGAAAAGUUCAAGUUGACUGUUACCUAUGUCAUCAUGUGCCAAGCUUUAUUUCUGACUUUUUUCAGUGGAUACAGAGCUUUUGAUGCCAUACUAAACUUUCUGCUUGUUUGGUACUAUUGUACACUCACCAUCCGAGAGAGUAUCCUGACUGUCAAUGGGUCCAGAAUAAAAGGAUGGUGGUUGACACAUCAUUUCAUUUCCACUGUCUGUGCAGGAAUCAGCUUGAUUUGGCCUGAUGGUGAAACUUACCAGAAGUUCCGCAUGCAGUUUGUCUUGUUUACACUGUAUCUCAGCAUUGUUUAUGUGCUGCAGUACUACUACCAGUCGGGCUGCUUAUACCGCCUCCGCUGUCUAGGACAGAGCCAUACCAUGGACAUUACUGUUGAAGGCUUCAUGUCCUGGAUGUGGAAGGGCCUUGCUUUUCUCUUGCCCUUCCUUUUCUUUGGCUAUUUCUUUCAGUUGUAUAAUGCUUACACAUUGCUGCGAUUAUCAAUUUCAUCUGGCUACAGAGAAUGGCAGGUCCUUGCACUGGCCAUCAUUCACAUCCUGCUCUUCAUGGGGAAUUUUCUAACAACAUUGAAGGUCAUCCGACAGAAGGUGAAGGCUGAUCGGAAGAUGAAGUUGUUAGAGAAGAAGUACAAGUUUAACAAUCAUGUUCAUAUCAAGAAUCUGUGAAGGCAUUUAACUUUGAUGAGACUGUUUGGUGGGAAGCUUUUCUUAUGUUGCAUUCAGUGAUUACUUGUCUGUUAGGUCCCACCACCACCACUAGGGCAUUUCAUUUCAUGUACAUUCAGUUACUGGAGUAUGCUGGUGUAUCUUAGUAAUUUGUUGUCUUUCAUUAUUAAUUGUACAUUACUGUCUCCGCAUUGUUGUUUUCUGCAUUUUGGAGCUGUGCUGCAAUAAGUUUGUUUCGAAGAGGAAUUAUAGUGCUAAUAAGUCAUUAUUUUUCAUGGUUCUACAAGGCUUGUUAAAAUGAAACAUGUUCUUUAUGCAUUUUAUUUAUUUCUUUACUUGUGUUCAUAAAAAUAAGGCAUUUUGUGAAUAUUGGUGUGAGAGGAUUUCUGAAAUGGCAUCUUCAUCAGAAUAGUCUGAUAAAGAUAUACCAAUUCACAGCAGUCUUCAAAAGAAAAGUUAAUUUCAUCCUUGACCAUGUUAUCUCUUAUGAUGGAAGGAAAAAGCUUUAAGUUGGUAUUUUUGUUAUGUGUAGUUAUUAGUGUAUAUGGUCAUGUGUUGCAUGCACAAAAUUCAUCUCCUGAUUUUUUUAUUCUUUUGAGGGAGAUUUACCUUAUAAAUAAGUUACAUAGUGCAGAAUGAUUACAAUAUGUAAAAAACUAUAUAUAUAGUUUAGACAGGUACAGUUACAGGUAUAGUUUAGUCAGUACAGGUGUGAAUUUAUGAUGUUUAUGACAAAAACAUCAAUAAUUGUUGAUCAUCACUACCAUCAUCUCUAUGUUGAAAUAACAGUAUUUCAGGUCAACCAUUUAUAGCUAAAUGUAUUGUGAAAUGAGCAAGACAUAAAAGAUCCAACAAAUUAAAGUUGUAUCGGUCUU